AUGGCUCCCUUAACCGAAGUCGGGGCCUUCUUGGGAGGCCUGGAGGGCUUGGGCCAGCAGGUGGGGUCACACUUCCUGCUGCCUCCUGCAGGGGAGCGGCCGCCUCUGCUAGGCGAGCGGCGGGGCGCGCUGGAGAGGGGCGCCCGAGGCGGCGGGCCGGGUUCCGUGGAGCUGGCGCACCUGCACGGCAUCCUACGCCGGCGGCAGCUUUACUGCCGCACCGGCUUCCACCUGCAGAUCCUGCCCGACGGGAGCGUACAGGGCACCCGGCAGGAUCACAGCCUCUUCGGUAUCCUGGAGUUCAUCAGUGUGGCAGUGGGACUGGUCAGUAUCAGAGGUGUGGACAGCGGUCUUUACCUUGGAAUGAAUGACAAAGGAGAACUCUAUGGAUCAGAGAAAUUGACUUCUGAAUGCAUCUUCAGGGAGCAGUUUGAAGAGAACUGGUAUAAUACCUAUUCAUCGAACAUCUAUAAACACGGGGACACCGGCCGCCGGUAUUUUGUAGCACUUAACAAAGAUGGAACUCCAAGAGAUGGUGCCAGGUCCAAAAGACAUCAGAAAUUUACUCAUUUCUUACCGAGACCAGUGGACCCAGAACGAGUUCCAGAAUUAUACAAAGACCUGCUGAUGUACACUUGAUGAACUUGGAGCCAUUAUUUUUAAGUUGCAGUUCCUGUUCGAUAACACUGAAGAAGAUAGUCAGAAGAUUGCAUUCUGUUUCUUACCGAGAGACUGUAUUGGUGAAGAGUACCAAGAAUAAGGAAUUAAUUCGAAGCAAAGCGAGAUCUUCAUGAAUGGACUGUAUUUCCUCAGACUCCUUGGCCCAGUCAUGUCAAUUGAUUGAAGCUGAAAUCAGUUAAUCUGGAUACUGUGAACCAUGCUGCUGACGCCUCACCUCUCUGAAUAAUGUUUACUUGGACAGUGACCUUAAGGAUAGAUACUUCAUGUUGAAGAAGUGAAUUAAGAUGACAUAAUUACUGCCUCAUAAAUUCUGAGGACCUUGUAGAAAUCUUCAGGUUAUAACAGUAUACAUAAAACAACAACAACAACAAAAAAAAUCAAAAUUCUAGAUGACUUUGAGUUACAGAACAUGCCACACCAAGAUGGAACAUUUCUUUUAGAAGAAUGGACCUAUUUAUACAUUUUUCAAUUUACAAAUAUUUAUUAUAUAUAUUUAUUUAUUAAAGAGUUUAUUUU